AAGUUGGCUCUGGACAGUAAAUCGGUCGGUGGAGUGCCAGCCCAGCGCCGUGUGAGCACGCCCCGAGCUCGGGAGAAGGUCUCACCCCCGCCCCAGACCUCUGCAAAUCCACAGCCACUUGGAUUCCAGGUGAGAGGGGAGGGGAGAGAACGUCUCCACCCCUCAGUGACAAGCAAAGAGAGAGAGAGAAAAAAAAUCAGCCGGGGGUUAAUGUUUUAAUAGCGAGGAAGGGAAGGCAGCGGUGGAGGCAGCUUUGCUGAUCUUGAUCGUUGUCUCUGUUUCUUUCAUCCUGUAACUUACCUGAAACCAACUAAAGCUGCGCGUCUUUUGUAUUUCUGAGUUGCCAUGAUGCGAUUUUUGCAAAGUCUGACGCCAACAACCUGCAGUUAUUCACUGGCGAUUUUGAGACGAUUUCCUGACAUAAAUUUGCACUGUGCUGUUUCUGAAGAGGAACAAGCUUCUUACGUUGGUUUGCAAUUGGAUUGCUUCCACCCAGAAUAGGGUAGCCUUCCCAUCUCCAUAAGAAGAGAACGUCAGUGAAGUGGAUACCAUUCUGAAUUUGGACUGUACAACAUUUAUUUCAUUUCUUACGCUUAAGGCAAUGUAUUCUGCCCCCCUUUUCUUUAUUAUUUUGUCAUGAUACCAGAAAUAAGACAGGACCCUCGCAAGCUCAGGCCUCUCGCCCGUUUUCCUUGAUCCUGUGAAAGUUCGGUCCCUGUCGCUCUCUACGCCUCCCAUCCUCACCUCUGACAACAGGAUGCAAUUUGGAGCAGAAACCUUCCUUUGGCUGACAAUCUGUUUAUUGACAAACCUUCCCUCCUGCGAUUCUCGAGAGUGUCCGAGAGAGACAGAACACUUUGACUUCAACGUACGCUACAACAUGACUAGCUUCGAUGCAGGGCAUCCUAUCCAGAAUAUCGUGGUGUACGAAUUGUAUCCGAAGAGUAUCUACCUAGCUGUGAGGAACUGGCUAUAUGCAUUAAAUGUAACCCUUGAAAAGGCGUCUGAGUUGCGGACGGGUCCAGUUGGCAGUCCAGACUGUGAAGUUUGUAAAGUUUGCGCCACUAAUUGGGAGCCAGCAGGGGGGUUGGAAGACAAUAACAAUGAGGUCCUUGUGUUCGAUACAUUUGAUCCAUUCUUGUAUAACUGCGGAAGUUCUCAACACGGCAUCUGCUACCUUCACAACAUGGAGCAUGGAGAUUUAAGUGAAGCAAGGUGUCUAUUCAAAGAGAGAAACAACGGGCCUGACCAUUGUCCUGACUGUGUGGCGAGCCCAUUGGGAACCCAGGUGCAUGUCCGCACAGAGUCAUUUGUCACUUAUUUUUUCAUUGGUGCCACACUCAAUAGUUCAGUGGCAAAAGCGUACAGUCCGAAAUCAAUAUCAAUGAAGCGUUUGCUGGAAUCCUUGGAUGGGUUUGAAUUUCCUUCUCAAAACAAGUCUUCAUUGACUGUCCUGAAUGAAUUCCUUGACACCUAUCCUAUAGAUUAUGUUUACUCUUUCAACACUGAAGAUUACAUCUAUUUUCUAACCGUCCAGAAGGACAGCACGAGUUUGAAAAGCUCAUACCAGACAAGAGUUGCCCGCCUGAAGCAUGGCGAGUACGAGGUGGGGAAUUACCGCGAGCUGGUUCUGGAAUGCCAGUACGAGCCCAGACGGAGACGAAGAACAGCCGCUGGGGAGGAGACCUGGUACAAUAUAUUGCAAGCCGCUUACCUGGCCAAACCGGGUGCACAUCUUGCCAAGGAGCUGGGUGUUUCUCAAAGCGAUGACGUGCUGUUUGGGGUUUUUGCAGAGAGUGAUCCCCAGAGCAAAGACGUGAGGAGCAGGUCAGCCCUGUGCACCUACCCAAUCAAAAUGAUUGAUAAAUUCAUCAAAGAAGGGAUGGAUGACUGUUGUAUGGGAUCAGAGGAACCUCCGAAGAGGGGGCUGGAAUUCUACCAGCAGGUGGAGUACUGCCCUUCGGUAUGGCAGAGAAAGUGUUGGGACAAACCAACCAAGACCUCGCAAGCUCUCAACCGAAUUGAUCGAUUUGAUGGAGAGCUGGAUGACACCAAACUGACUUCCAUCGUUGUAUCAGUGAUAGGCAACUACACAGUGGGUCACCUUGGAACAGCUGAUGGAAGAAUCUUACAGGUGAUCAUUCAACGAUCAUUUAAACCACAUGCGAAUUUCAGCUUGAGUGAGACAGAUCCAGUUUCUCGAAAAGUUGCCCGCUUGGAUGACUCCGUGCUGUUUGUUACUGGCUCGAAGGUGACUAAAGUACCAGUUGACGGACCAGGCUGUCAACACUUCCUGACCUGUAAAUCAUGUCAGAUUGCACCAUCCUUCAUGAAAUGUGGUUGGUGUGAGGGGUCCUGUACCCGACAACAGGAAUGUCACAGGAAGUGGUUGCCAGAUACGUGUACACCUGUUAUUGUUGAGUUUCAACCCAAAAGUGCUCCUGUCGAUGGCGAGACCAUGCUAACACUAUGCGGCCGGGAUUUCCAAUCUCCACAUGGGCCGCCAAUAACACCAGCCUCCCAUGUGGUUCAAGUGGGAAACCGGCCUUGCAAAGUCAUCCCUGAAAGCAGCAAUGCGAGGAGGUUGACAUGUAAACUGGAAAUCACUGGAAAGCCUCAGCCCGUCAAUUCGACUGCCAUUAAGAUCACCAUUCGAGAGGCAAGUCAUAACGGGGAGUUCGUCAUCAGUGGAUCCACCUCCCUUUCUGGAUUUGAAUUUGUGGAACCUAUUAUAACUCGGGUGACUCCAACAUAUGGCCCUCAAGACGGUGGGACCUUGGUCACGUUCCUGGGGAAACAUUUGACAGUUGGCAAUGGACAGAAAGUGACAAUUGGUGGGAAAGACUGUCUCAUAAAGAGCAAGAAUAGCACUUGUAUCAAAUGCAUAACUCCAAAAAUGGAUUUGUUGAAGGAAGAGCCUCCUGUCGUGGUGAUAGACGCUGCAAAGGUAACAGCUAAGGGAAACUUCAAGUUCCAGUACCGAAAGAACCCUGUUAUUAACAGCAUCUCCCCAAGCUGCAGCACCCAGAGUGGCCUCAACAUCACCAUCAGUGGUACCAAUCUGAACUCCGUCUAUCAACCGAAACUAGUAUUUACCGACGACAAAAAUGACACAUUUGUAAAGUUGUGUAACCCGCCACCAGUGUCUUCUGAGACUAUGACGUGUGAAACCCCUUCAAUUGAGGAUGAGGAAGUGGAAGGAAAGCUCACUGUGAUUAUGGAUGGUGUGCAGAACCUGAAGACAUUUGAGGUCGAAUACAAGGAAGACUAUGAGGUCUUUCCAUUUGAUGAUGAGGAUUAUAUAUACAAGCUAACCAAGGACCAAGAUGAAAUUGAGUUCAAACAUGCAAAGUUGUUCGAUCUGAAGAACUGUCUGAAUGUGACCCUUUUGGUAGGAGACAUGACUUGUGAACCAAAGAUCCUAGUGCAAGAGAUCACCUGCACUGUUGAAACUGAAAGGAUCCCAAGUGAAGGGCUCCCAGUCAAGCUCUGGGUGAAUAAUGUGGAGAAGGACAUUGGGUACGUCAUCUACGUCGAAGAAAGUCUUGGAACCAUUUUGGGAAUUAUCAUUGGCAUUAUUGUGAUUUUGUUGGUGGCAAUGAUUUUUGUGGCCAUCCUGUUGAUAUACAGGAAGAAAAAUAGAGAUCAUGCAGACUUACUGAACCGUUUGGAGGCAUCGGUGAAUAUGAUAUCUCUCAAUGCAGUCCCACCUGCUCCCAGCGACUACAGGGAUUCUCGUCUCAGUCCCAACACGACGUCUGGGUCCAGUGGAAUCACAUUUCGAGGCUAUAAAGGCAGCGCUGACUGUGCAGCGAUCCCCUUGUUAAGUCCUAAAGAAAUCCAACCACAAAACUUGAGGCCGGAGCUACUGGAAGAAGUAAAAGAUAUUCUGAUCCCUCAAGAAUGUUUAACUGCUUACAUGGACCAGGUGAUUGGAAAAGGACAUUUUGGUAGUGUUUACCAUGGGCUGUACAAAGACCAGAAUAAGAAAGAAAUCCACUGUGCUGUGAAGUCUCUGAAUAGAAUUUCAGAUGUUGAAGAGGUGGAGCAGUUUUUGAAAGAGGGGAUUAUCAUGAAGGAUUUUCACCAUGAAAAUGUUCUAUCUUUGCUCGGAAUUUUCCUUCCUAAGGAAGGGUUACCGUUGGUAGUAUUACCGUAUAUGAAGCAUGGAGACCUUCGGCAUUUUAUCCGUCAGGAAAGCCGGAAUCCAACAGUGAAAGACUUAAUAGGUUUUGGGCUACAGGUUGCCAAGGGAAUGGAAUACCUCGCACUAAUGAAAUUUGUUCAUAGGGAUCUUGCAGCAAGAAACUGCAUGCUGGAUGAGACCUAUGUGGUGAAGGUGGCAGACUUUGGAAUGGCACGGGAUGUGUUGGACAAAGAGUAUUACAGCAUUCAGGACCAUCGGAAGGCCAAGCUCCCUGUGAAAUGGAUGGCACUUGAAAGUCUGCAGACCCAAAAGUUCACAACUAAAUCAGAUGUGUGGUCAUUUGGAGUGUUGAUGUGGGAGCUACUGACUCGAGGGGCACCACCCUAUCCGGAAAUCGACCCUUACGACAUUACAAGAUUUUUGUUAAAGGGACGAAGAUUGCCUCAACCCGAAUAUUGUCCGGAUGAGCUGUAUAGCAUUAUGCUGCAUUGCUGGGAUCCAAAACCUGAAAUGCGACCACAAUUUACUGAAAUUGUCUAUGAAAUUCAAGCGAUUCAAUCCAUGUUACAAGGAGAGCACUACAUCAACUUGCAAGUAAAUUAUGUGAAUUUAGGGAAUGACCAGCCCUACCCAGCAGUCGACACUACUGAUGAUGAGCAAGACCUGGAUUCAGACUGAUUGCGUUUUGCUGCACGUGAUAAUACUUCUGUUCAGAUGUUGACUUGAAUUUCAGGAGAAUGCUAUCUCUAAGCACAACGGAAGUCAUUUCUGCAGUUCAGCUACUAUUUCUCCCCUGUGUUUUCCCUCCAGUAACCUGUCUCUGCUAAUUCCUGUGGUCAGUGCUAUCUGUGCAAACAGUUAAUGGGUGCCCAAGUGGUCAGUUGCAAUUUUGCAACCAACGGUUCUGUGCAAAUCCAGGCAAUGACGAUUUUCUUAAAGGCUGAGUAAAGGUUUUUAUCGACUACAACUUUUAUUGACGUGGCAUCAAAAUGUUCAAAAUGUCCACAGGAGCAUGGUCAAUAAAAUUUGACACCAGGCCACGUAAGGAGACGUGAAGGAAGAUAGCGAAAAGCUUGCUCAGAGUAGGUUAUGGGGAGUAUCUUAAAGGGGAAUGAGGUGUAACAAGGCAAAGCGUGUUGGGGAGGGAAUUCUAGAGGUGGGAUUGAAGUGCUUAAAAUUGAGAAUGCUCCUGUGACCAGAGCAUGAAAAGUGCAAACAUCUCGGAUGCUGGCAGAACUUUCAGGGAUAGAAAGGAAGGGAAUCCAUAGAGGGGUCUGAAAGCACAAAGGCACUUUUAAAAACAAGUCAGUGCUUAACUGGAUGCCUAUGUAAGUCAUCAAGUGCACCACAUUAUCCUCAUUAACGUAAUAUUACCAAGAGUUGGUGAGAUGACACAGUGCAGAAGAGGCCCCUUGGCCCAGUGAGACUGUUCUUACUGAUGACAACAUGUUGUGAGAAGCCAUUACAGUCUCCUGCCCCUGGAUUCACAACCAGCGAAGGGGCUUUGCUGAAAGGAGGAAUUGUGAAAUGAUGCUCUCAGGGUAAGGUGGAUGUUUUUCAAUCAAUAAUAAUGGAAAGGAAUAAGCUUUAUUGGUGCCAGUUGCAUGCGUCCAAACUGCAAUGCAAGGGAAAACAAAUACAGAGUUCUGUUCAAAGAUAUGGCUUCCAUUCAUUUCUUGUUUAAAUUUAGUUGAUUGUUCUGUGCAAGCAGUGAGGAAUGAAACAUUCCAUCAAUCGUGUUGCCUUGACAAAAUAUUUUGUAGAUAAGUUCAAAAGUCUUGAGGUUAAAAGUACGAUCAUGCCAGUAACAAGCUGUUAUUCUUUCUACCACCAUACUGUGUUAGCUAUUCAUGAAAUUGGAAAUCAUAGAAUACCUACAAUGUGGAAGCAGGCCAUUCAACCCAUCGAGUCCACACUACCCAGACCCACCCCAUCUCU